AUGGAGCCUUGGGUAAUAAUAAUCAUAGCUAUUGCUUCUUGUGUUGGUGUUUUGAUAUUUAUCGUGGCCUUAGCUGGGGGUCGUGAUGGCAGAGGGGCCGGAGGAGGGGAGGAUCAUGGCGGAGGCGGAGGCGGAGGCCGAGAGGGUGAGGGAGGUCUAAGAGGUCGUGGUUAUUCUGGGGGUCAUGUAGGAUUUUGGAGUAGCGGUGGAGGUGGCAGCAGCUGGUUUGGUGGUGGUGGAGGUUUUGGCGGCGGUGAUGGAGGUUUUGGUGGCGGUGGUGGUGGUGGUGGUGGUGGCGGUGAUGGAGGUGGAGGUGGCGGAGGCGGAGGAGGUUGCUGA